GUGUCAAAGGUUGCACACAUUGUGCGGCGCGGUUUACUUCUGUUUUCACAUAGCAAUGAAUGAAUUUACUACUUAGAGCGUGUCCCCAUACUCAAAAGAGUCGUUUUCACAAACAUUAGAGAAGUUAUUUUUUUGAAUUUGCAUCUACAGCACAUCACGAUAAUCGCACGUGACCUGAAUAAAGAUGGCUGGAAUAUUAUUUGAAGACAUUUUUGAUGUAAAAGAUAUAGAUCCAGAUGGCAAGAAGUUUGACAGAGUCUCUCGUUUGCACUGUGAAAGUGAAUCGUUUAAAAUGGAUCUUAUCUUGGACGUAAAUAUUCAAAUCUACCCAGUGGAUCUCGGCGACAAAUUCAGGCUGGUUAUCGCCAGCACUUUAUAUGAGGAUGGUACACCAGAUGAUGGAGAAUACAACCCUCAAGAUGACCGACCAUCCAGGUCAGACCAAUUUGAGUAUGUCAUGUAUGGAAAGGUUUACAAGAUAGAGGGUGAUGAAACCUCCACAGAAGCAGCUACACGCCUGUCUGCAUAUGUUUCUUAUGGUGGCCUUUUAAUGAGGCUUCAAGGAGAUGCCAACAACCUUCACGGCUUUGAAGUGGAUUCUAGAGUUUACCUUCUGAUGAAGAAACUGGCAUUUUGAGUGUAUUCUAGUUUGGAAAAAUUUUAUACUUCAAUUUGUUAAACAUUUCUGUUGGAAAAUCAUUCAUCUGUUAAAUCUGUAUCAUCAAAACAAACUCCCUACUUACUGUAAAUAAACCGUUUUUUAAUA